UCUUACUCUUAGUUGACGAAGAAUAAUAAGCAAAGAAGUGUUCAUUGUGAUUAUCAGUGAUGGCGGAUCCAGAAUCUGGCAACAUGACCAACUCAGGAUGUACAAAACCUUGUAAAGGUCGAUUUAUCUGUUUUGGUACUGUGGCCGUUGCCAUCAUUCUCAUUCUCUUGAUCUUAUCCUUAUUCACUUUGCACACUAGUGACCCAACGUUUGAAGUUGACUCAGCAUCCUUCAACAUAUUAAAUACAAAACGUUCUACCGUCACUCUUGGAUGGAACGUUACCCUUGUUGUGUCCAAUCCUAACUAUUGGCACACUCUCUCAUAUCACGAAGUUUCAGUUGAUGUUGAAUUCAUUGGCAAACAAUACAAAAGAAUUCUUGCCACCACUUCCUUGAAUCCUUUCUCCCAAGGAGUUGAUAGCCAGUUUAACCAUGAAGUUCAAUUUAAAAUGAAUGUGGAUAAUGACAUACCAGCCAACAUUGUUGGUAGUCACUCUCGUGGAACUAUUAACUUUGGGUUUGUGUUGUCCACUUUGACCAAGUUUAAGGGUACGUUCAAUAUUUUCCAUAAAGAUCAUAAUUUGAAGGUUGUUUGUGAACCUCUCAACUUCAUGCAUUCGCCAGGAUCGUCACAUUGGAAAUUAUCUAAUGCUAUAACAUGUCACUAGCUAUGAAUGGGUGAUCACUAUAAGUUUUAGUUAUCUAAGUCUAAAGCUAUGCUUUUUAGGUUUUUAAUUGCAUUUUUUUUUAUUUCUUAAUGAAUUGGGAUGGAUGUAUAUUAUAAUCCACGUCGAGUGAUUAAUUAUUGAUAUUCUAGCUUCCAAAGUGUUUAAUUUAAGGAUA